GCAGCGUUCUCCGCCGCCCGGUCCGCUUUUGUCUGCGCCGCUCGGGGAAGCGGUCGCCUCGGAGCCUUUUCACUUUUCAGGCCAUCUUGUGCCUGGGCCGUGUCGUCUGCACAGGACCCGGGGGUCGGAGGCACUGGAGGGCGCUGCGGUGUAUGGAGCUCGGGGCGGGGGCUGAGCCCGCGAUCUUGCCCCUCGCGCGCCGCCCAGGCCAUGCCACUGCCUCUGCGCGCCGAGCCGCGGCCGCCGGGCCUCCGGGGCUGAGCCGGGAGCCGCGGGAGGCGGCGGGGCCGGAGCGGGGGCCGCGGCGGCGGCGCGGGCGCGGGACCCAGUACUAUGGCUGUGUACUGCUAUGCGCUCAACAGCCUGGUGAUCAUGAAUAGCGCCAACCAGGUGCGGAGCGGCGCCCCCCGGCCCGGCAGCAGCGAGACGCCCCCGCCGCCGGGGAGCGCCACCCUGAGCCCCGGCAGCGUGUUCAGCCCCGGGAGGGACGCCUCUUUCCUCUUCCCCCCGACCGAGUCGUCGUCGCCCGAGGAGCCGGGGAGCCCCCGGGGCUGGCGGAGCGGCCGGCGCCGGCUGAACAGCAGCAGCGGCGGCAGCGGCAGCAGCGGCGUGAGCAGCCCGAGUUGGGCGGGUCGCCCGCGAGGGGACGGGCAGCAGGGCGCGGCCGCCGGCGCCCGCAGCCCCCCGGGGCCGGAGGAGGCCCAGAGGAAGCUGCGCGUCCUGCAGCGCGAGUUGCAGAACGUGCAGGUGAACCAGAAGGUGGACCUGUUCGAGGCGCACAUCCAGGCGCAGAGCUCCGCCAUGCCCGCGCCCCGCAGCCCGCGCCUGGCCCGGGCGCGAUCGCCCUCCCCGAGCCCCUUCCGCAGCAGCAGCCAGCCCCCGGGCAGGGCCCUGGCUCAGAGCGUGGGCCGGAGGACCAAGUCCUGGGGGGAGCGAUGCCCAGAGACCUCGGAGGCCGACCCCGCCAGGAGCGCCGGGGCUCCCAGCCCAAGCCUCUCCAAGGACCAGGAGGGAGUGGCACCUCUUCCCUGCCCGGCCUCCCUGCCGGGCUCCGGGGCUCAGGGCACAGCCCUUUCGGUGAGAAUGGAGGAGGGGGUCCCUGCCCGCCCCCCCUGUGGCUCACCGUCCGCGAUGGAGAUUGACAAGAGGGUCUCCGCUCUGGAAACUCCGAGCUGCCCAGCUCCCUCGUUGGGCCAGGUCGGAGCGAACUCCUUGAUGGAAGUGGCAGCUAGAGCCACGUCCCCUGGGCCGCACCACCCGCAGGACCCUGCCCUCUCGGAGCUGCGGGAGAAGCCCCGGGGUGUGCAUCCCCCGUCACCCCCGGCCGCCCCGGUGGAGGGUAAGGGGCCGGCUCUGGGCGGUGAGAGGAGCCCAGCCCCAGAGGGCGGCGGGCCCGGCGGUGGAGAGCCCCCUGGGACGGCGGGGAAAGGCCAUCUGCCCUGUGGCCAGCCGGGCUCCGGGCAUCCCGAAGCGGGCGCCAGGCCGGAGGAGAGGACUGUGGACGCGCAAAGCGCAGGGGAUGUGGGCUUGGUAGGGCCCGGGGUGACCCCGAGUGCGGCCCCGGCGGCCCGGGAGCCUCCGCAGUGCUCCAGCCGAGUGGAUGAAGGGUCUCCGCCGCUGGGCUUGCUUGGGGGCAGCCGCGCCGCACAGCCGGGUGCAGGGGAGGCCGAGGCAGGAAUUCCCGGUGGCGGAAUGCUGGAACCUUUGCCCUGUUGGGAAGCAGCGAAAGAUGUGAAAGGACCUCAGUGCCUCCCUGCGGACGGGGUGGGCGUGCAGCCUGGGAGCUCCAGGGCUUGGCUGAGCCCCAUGGAGGAAGCCUGCCUGGCCUGGACUUGCAGCCUGGGGGUACCAGCCCAGGGGACUUGGGGAAGCCCCCCGAAAGACAGAGCCACCCACUCCGGCCCAGAGCUGCUCUCCCCGGAGCAGGAGGACAAGCCUUUGCUGCGGGAGGCCUGCAGCCCCGGCAAUAUCCCCGCCGUCAUCAUUACAGACAUGGGUGCCCAGGAGGAUGGGGUGUUGGAGGAGGCCCAGGGCAGCCCGCUGGGCAUCCUGCCCCUGCGGAAGCUGUCCUCUUCCUCGGCCUCCUCCGCCGGCUUCUCCUCCUCCUACGAGGACUCGGAGGAGGACAUCUCCAGCGACCCCGAGCGCUGCCUGGACCCCAGCGCCGCCUUCCUGCACACCCUGGACCAGCAGAAGCCCAGAGUGAGCAAAUCAUGGAGGAAGAUAAAGAACAUGGUGCACUGGUCUCCCUUCGUCAUGUCCUUCAAGAAGAAGUACCCCUGGAUCCAGCUGGCGGGACACGCAGGGAGUUUCAAGGCGGCUGCCAACGGCCGGAUCCUGAAGAAGCACUGUGAGUCGGAGCAGCGCUGCCUGGACCGGCUGAUGGCCGACGUGCUGAAGCCCUACGUGCCGGCCUAUCACGGGGACGUGGUGAAGGACGGGGAGCGCUACAACCAGAUGGACGACCUGCUGGCCGACUUCGACUCGCCUUGCGUGAUGGACUGCAAGAUGGGCGUCAGGACCUACCUGGAGGAGGAGCUGACCAAGGCCCGGAAGAAGCCCAGCCUGCGGAAGGACAUGUACCAGAAGAUGGUCGAGGUGGACCCCACGGCCCCGACCGAGGAGGAGAACGCCCAGCGGGCCGUGACCAAGCCCCGGUACAUGCAGUGGAGGGAGACCAUCAGCUCCACGGCCACCCUCGGCUUCCGGAUCGAAGGCAUCAAGAAAGAAGACGGCUCGGUGAACCGGGACUUCAAGAAGACCAAGACGCGGGAGCAGGUCACCGAGGCCUUCAGAGAGUUCACCAAGGGGAACCCUAAUGUCCUGAUCGCCUACCGGGACCGGCUGAAGGACAUCCGGGCCACCCUGGAGGUGUCCCCCUUCUUCAAGGGCCACGAGGUCAUCGGCAGCUCGCUGCUCUUCAUUCACGACAAGAGGGAGCAGGCCAAGGUGUGGAUGAUCGACUUUGGGAAAACCACGCCCCUGCCCGAGGGCCAGGCCCUGAAGCACGACGUCCCCUGGCAGGAAGGGAACCGGGAGGACGGCUACCUCUCGGGCCUGAACAACCUCAUCGACAUCCUGACGGAGAUGUGCCCGGGCCCCGGCGCCCCUGUGGCCUGAGCCGCCGGCCCGCCUCCCCCCGCCUGGCCUCCCUCCUCCCCCUCCCGCCUUCUCCUCCUGCGCGUUCUUUCACGUCCACCGGGGUGCCAGCCAGAACUGACCCUCCAACUGCACUACAAGACACUCUGCAGAGGAGACGAGGCUUUCUAGUUCUUUUCCUACUGAAGGGCUUUGGCGCUGGGCUCCCAUUUCUCUCCGUAAGCAGGUCUCCUUCUAGAAGCGCAGUGCCCACGCCAGGCUCCGCUGCCCGCUGCCCCCGGGGGAGGUCAGUUGGGCUUCCAUCUGGCGGGAGGCUCGGGGCCCGGGGUGCCGCGCCUCCGGGUGGGCUACCUGUGGGCGCUUGCUGCCCCCUGGUGGCCAAUGCCAUUAGUGCCGCUGCCCAGCACAGCCAGUCUGCCCAUCCUCCCGGGCCCGCUGGGGCUGUAAGAGCCUGUUUCAGCGGCUGCCUGGUGCCCGGCUCUCUCGUGUUUGGGGCACAGAACCACCGGGAACGCGUGUCGGCCCUGAGUAGAGCACCUCCGAUGAGCAGCCGGGGCUCCAGGACGUGUGGGGCCUUCAUGGUCCCUUUGCGGUCGGUGUUGAACUCCUCCAGCGUUGGGCCGGGCCCGGGAGCCAGGAGCAGGCUGUGCCCCCGGGUGUUGCCUCCCCAGUUCUUCCAUCUGCGGUUCUCGCCCAUGACUUCAGAGCUUCCAGGCCGCCGCCCACCCUGAGCCAAUUGUGCUGCCCACUGCCCCCUGGCCUGUGUGACAUGCCGGGGGUGGGCCAGGGCCAGGCAGCCCGGGGGAGAGAGACCUGCAUCGGACACGCCUGCCCUCACCACUCCCCCCUCCCGGGUGGCACUUGGUGGCCCUGCCUGCUCGCCGGGGUUCUCUCGUGAGGCCCCGAGUCUCCUGCAGCUCUGGGCAGGGUUCAGGCCAGCCCUGGGCAGGGAGGAAGCCGCAGGAAGCCGGCCCCUGGCAUCUGUUUUCCCCCCUGAAAUAGGUCUUACAUCCUGAAGGGCUGAGCCCUGUACUUCCCGUGUGGUGUGGGCAGGUCCGGGGCACAUGUGGCGCUGGGUGUGCCAGCAUCUCUUCCUGGGGACCAGGUCGCUGGAAGGCUGGUGGGGACCCAGCUGUGAGCCUUAUUCUAAUUGUAAAGCAAGUGAGCGUGUAUCACCGAGAGGGGUGUGAAACUUGCGUGACUUUUGAAGGCAGAGUCCCGGCUGUGGCCAUGUAGAGCAGUGCCCCGGGGCCCCCCUUGUUGUUGGGGGAGAGUUGGGGAGCAGGCCAGCAGCCACUGGGGCCAGCUCCUCCACGGAGCGCAGCUUCGGGGACACGUGGAGACCGUGGUGCGCCCAGGUGUGCGUACCUGCAGGGACCGACCCAGAGGAGGGCUCCCCGUCACCCGGGGCCUCGGGGGGAGCUGUCAGCUUCGCCCACAUGACACGGUUCCCCUUUCACGCUGGGUUAGUGACAGUUGGUGGGGGCGGAGGGUGGGGCGCGAGGAUGUAGAAGUUCAGAUUUUAAAAAAGGAAAUCACUUUUCAACUUCCUGGCUCUUGUUCAAAACAGGGGUGAGCUCUGGUGUGGGCCGACCUGCUAAAGGUCGCACCCCCGCCCCACCACCUGGUGAUGGGCACGUGAACCAGGAGGCUGAGCCCCAGCCGUGUCCGGGGGGGUAGGGGGUGGGGGGGGCUCACUAAGGCAGCCGCCAGGGCUCUAAGCUGCGGGCUGGCCAGCAGUGACCUCCUGUCUAGGACGAGUUUGUUAUCCAGCACAUUCCUGCUAUGAACAAAGCGCCUGGGACCAGCGUCCCUACUAAGAGAACGAGGAGCACUUUAGCGGCAGCAGCGGCUGCAGACGCUGCGCUGAUGGGCAAGGGGUGGUUAGUGAAGGACCCGGCUGCUCGGCAGUCCUGGGCUUUGUGGCAUUUACGUGUGAAAUUGGCAUCUUUUCAGGGCUGUGCCUUUAGGGGCGGGUCUGUAUUUACUGUGCUAGUUCCCUUCCAGCACCUCCUCUCUCACCCUUUUCCCCUCUGACCUCCCACCUCCUUCCACGACCCUGGAGUGAAUUUCCCAGGAGCUCCCCCCGGGCUGUCUGAAUGGCCUUCCCCACCCAGCCCGGUGCAGGCCUGGACCCUGGGGCUGGCCACGCCGGUGCGAGGGGGAGCAUCCUCCCUGCCUGUCCUGCCCUCACCCCCUCCCCCUGCAUUCUUGGGGUUCAAUACUGCUUGGCCUUCGAGGAAGGUUUUCUCACCCGCUCGGCCCGGGCUUGCCUUGAGAGUCAUGUAAGAAGUUUUAAGUUAUAUUUAUUUUGUUGUUGUUGUUAAUUGCACAAAACACUAAGACUGAGGCUGGAUCUGUGUCUCCUCUAAGCUCCGCCUUCUUCCUGAACCUCCUUUCCUGCUGGGGGGAGCCCGGAUGCAGCCCCCCCCCCCCCAGCCUCAUUAGCUGUAUUUAGCUUUGAAUUCCUCUGCGUCCACCCGGUCACCCCUUGUGUAUACAUAACCCAGCCUUCCCGGGAAGGAGCAGAGUGUCGCCGAGCCAGUGCCUUUUCUCUGGAGGGGAGGACGCCCCGAGGGGUCUCCUGCCCUCUGCACCCCGCUCCCCGAGUCACCGUGGAGAACACUGAACUGUUACAACCCGCACAGGCCUGUCAGACAGGCUGCCGCGCUCUGUACCUUCCUAAUAAAGGCCUGGAGACCACC